AUGGGUGCGCCAAACCCCAUAGCCUUCAGACCCGCCCAGGUCACCUUCUGGACCACCGUCGUCUACCUGGCUCUCCUUAUACCUCUGGUCAUUAUCCACGAGACCGUCCCUCCCGCCCCAGCCGCGGACAGCCUUGAGGUCGGGCUCAACCUCAACGAAGCCUGGUCCGAUCUAGCCACUCUCGCCCGGGCCUACCACCCUUACAACAGCCGCGAAAAUGAUGUAGUCCACGCCUGGCUUCUCGAGCGCAUUCGCGAGAUCAAGGCCGAGAACAAAGCUGAAGACUCGGCCUUCGUCAUCUUCGACGACCUGGCCGGCAAUGUCACCUCCGUCGGCGACUUGCGCGCCCCCAAGCCCUUACAGGGCCCCGACUUCCAGCCCACCACCGUCGGCACCUACUUCGAAGGCAACAAUAUCAUGGUCUACAUCCGCGGCAAAGAUGACCCCACCUGGAACUGGUGGGAAGAUGUCGCCCAUGUGGAAAAGAUGAUCGGCAAGGGCGGCGUCUUGGUCAAUGCUCACUUCGACUCUGUCUCGACAGGCUACGGUGCGACUGACGAUGGCAUGGCCGUCGUGUCUGUCCUCCAGCUCAUCAAGUACUUUUCUGUGAAGGGUCACCAACCACAGAAAGGAAUUGUAGCUCUGCUGAACAACAACGAGGAGGACUGGCUUUGGGGCGCGCGCGUGUUUGGAAACCAUCCCCUCAUGCCCUUCUGUCACGUCUUCCUGAACCUCGAGGGAGCGGCUGCGGGAGGCAGGGCGAACCUCUUCAGGACGACGGAUGCCGAGGUGACCAAGGCUUACCAAGGAGGCCCCAACCCCUUUGGAUCCGUGGUUUUCUCUGAUGCCUGGCAACUGGGCGUUAUUCGCAGCGGCACUGAUUACUCCAUCUUCAAUGAUGUAUACGGCAUGCGUGGCCUCGAUCUCGCCUUCUACCGUCCACGCGCACGCUACCACACGAACCAGGAUGACACUCGUCACACGUCUAUAGACAGCCUUUGGCACAUGCUUUCGAGCUCGGUGCAUACGAUGAAGAGCCUCUCGGGGGAUACGGGAGAGACUUUCAUCGGGGACCGUUCCGACGGGAAUCGAAAGAAGAUUGCCAACGGCGCUCCAUCUGACGGCGUCUGGUUUGAUCUGUUCGGCAAAUCCUUUGCCAUUUUUGAGCUCCAUGGCCUCUUUGCUUGGUCUCUAAGCCUUUUGAUUGUGACCCCUCUUGCCCUACUGAUGUUGACCUUCAUCCUAUCCCGGAAUGACAAGUACUACUAUUUCUCAUCGAAAAAGUCAGCCUACGAGGAUGCUGUCCUUGAGCCGGUACUACUUGGCGGCUGGAAAGGAAUCAUCCGUUUUCCCUUCGCCCUGGCCGUUGCUGGAGCCUUAGUUGUGGCGUCGGCGUAUCUUGUCAGGAAGAUCAACCCCUUCGUCAUCUACAGCUACGAGUAUACCGUGUGGGCCAUGAUGCUGUCUCUGUUCUACUUCGUAUUCUGGGCCAUCAUGGCGGGGGCAAAUUUCGCCCGGCCGAGCGCCCUUCAUCGAGGCUACGCCAUACUCUGGCUGUUCAUUAUCACCUGGGCUCUGCUCGUGGUAGUCACAGUCUUCGAGGAUCGUUUCCACGUUGCGGCUGGUUAUCCAGUCGUCUUUCUUCAAUCUGCAGUCUUCCUGGCUACCCUUUUAAACCUGCUUGAACUCUGUGCCCUGCAGAAAAAGACCGACUUUGCGCAGAAAGUCCACGAUGAUCACGACAUACGCGAUUUCGUGAAUGCUGAUGUCGAUGAUCACGUUUCCAAUGUUCCGCACGAGGAAGAGACGGAUGAGGCCGGUGUGGGAGAAAAUGGUGCUGACCAUGAUGGGCAGGGCGAGGAAACGGAUGAGACAAGCCCCCUAGUCGGUGGAAACAGGAACAAGAAGCGUCCUUUCACUUUUGGCACAGUUUACAGAAGAUCUAUCUCCGCCAUCAUGGAUAAAGCAACACCGGGGGAAGACUCCAAGAGGAAGCCAUUCGGCCACGAACAAUUGUGGUCAGGUAGACUUCCGAGCUGGCUGUGGAUCUUCCAAUUCCUUCUGCUGGGACCAUUCUUCCUCAUGCUUUUCGGUCAACUCGGACUUGAGCUAGUGGCUGCCGUCAAAGAAACUGGCGCGGAUGGCAGUAGCACCUUGGUUCCCUAUAUGUUGGUGGCAGUUGUUAGCGUGCUGCUCCUGCUUCCCAUGACUCCAUUCAUGCACCGAAUCACGCACCACAUUCCUCUCUUCCUUCUCGUCGUCUUCAUUGCCACCUUGGCUUUCAACCUCGUCGCCUUCCCGUUCAACGCGUCAAGCAGAUACAAGAUUUACUUCUCGCAAGACGUCAAUCUGGACACAGGGGAAUCGCUUGUCCAUUUCAUGGGAGUGGAAGAGUAUGUGCGACAGGCAUUGGCUGUUGUGCCUUCAGCUAUGGGCAGGGAGGUCACCUGCGAAGCUAAGGCGACUGACAGGCCCGACAUGGGGUUCUGCACAUACAACGGCUCUAGCGUAUUGCCGAAUAUUGGCGGAGGAAACAAGAAGCUCGCAAGUUGGAUCAACUUCAAUGCCACGCGCACAUCCAGCUCCAACGGGCUGCGCUUUGAGCUCGAUGGUCUCGACACUAAGACUUGUGGUGUACGGUUUCCCCAACCAAUUACCAGCUUUUCGGUUCUGGGAGGCAAUGGACCAGACGAUCGUUUUGGGGCGAUCCCCGAAAGAGGCGUGGACAGCCUGAUGCUCUAUCGUCGUGACCGGAGUAAGCCAUGGAUAGUUGAUGUAGAAUGGUCCAAGGAUGCCGAGGCCAGCGGCAAGGUGGAGCUCGAGGUCUACUGCAAAUGGGACGAUGCGAAUAUCCAGGGCACCAUUCCCGCGCUUGACCAAGCGCUGCAGUAUACCCCUGACUGGGUCGCAAUCACGAAAUUGAGCACUGGACUGGUCAACGGUAAUAAGUUCUACACGGUAUAA